AACAGGAAAAGGCAGGUAAACGCAAUGGACCUUGAGUUGGCUGGAGUAGGCAACACUGAGGAUGCUGUUCGUUUCUUUUCUUGUUGAAGAGUUAACGUCAUGCCUUUGUUGCCUGCAAACCAACCCCAUCUGAUUCGUGCCAGUCAAAAGGAUGAGUAUUACCAGAGCUGUCUGAGAAAUAACGCCAAUGACGCCUUUCAAACCUUUGCAGGGUCUAAAAGGUGGCUAGACUGGAGAAAGGAAAUAGAACUUCUCUCGGAUCUUGCAUACCACUGCCUUACAACGUUUGCAGGUUAUCAGACCCUUGGAGAAGAGUAUGUCAGCAUAAUCCAGGUUGAUCCCACUAAGCGGAGGGUGCCCUCUCGUACGCGUCGGGGUGCCCUGAUCCUGCUCCACGUCGUCGUACCUUAUCUCGUGGACAAGGCCCUCGUCUGUCUGGAACAUGAGCUCCAGGCUGAGGGAUCUGAACGCCCUAGCAGUCCCACCACGGCCUCCAGAUGGUGGAGCCCAGUCUCCUACUGCAGAGAGCGGAUCCACCGGGCCGUGAGACUCCUGACGGAGCCCCAGAAGAAGACUGGCCUGCAAAUCCUCUUCGUUUCCCAGCUGAGCAUCACAUUCCUGCGCAGGCUGCACGUGGCUGUAUUCUACCUCACUGCAGCUUUUUAUCAUAUUGGGAAGAGGGCAGUGGGCAUCCGCUACCUGCGUGUGCAUGGUCAGCCAGGAGGUGACCGUGCCAUCUGGAACAGUUACAGACUGCUGGGCGCUGUCUCGCUGCUACAGCUGGCUUUGACUCUGGCCCUGCAGCUCAACAACUUCCGCCAGAGACAGAGAGCCAGGCAGGAGUGGAGACUUCAUCGAAACCUCCCCUCCUCCAGUUCGCAGUCUGUGGAAACUACGGCAACGCGCUGCUCCCUGUGCAUCUUGUGCCUGGAGAACCGGCGACACUCGACCGCGACCCCCUGCGGCCACCUGUUCUGCUGGGAGUGCAUCACCGAGUGGUGCAAUACCAAGGCAGAGUGCCCCUUGUGCCGUGAGAAAUUCCAGCCACACAGGCUGGUCUAUCUGCGAAACUACAAAUAGAAGAAGAGCAAAGAUGUUGUUUUACUACCUUCAACACAGAGCCUCGAUCUUUCAUUCUAUGGUUUCCUCUGCUAUUGAGUCCCUUAAGGCAAUACAUGUACAAGCCUCAGAGCAGCAGUUUCAAUCUAGUCCAGACACUGCGUGUACUUUAUAAUGUGUAUGUAUUUGUCAGUGAUAGUAUCUCAUUGUAACAUUUAAAAUACAGGGUAGUACUGUUAUUUUCUGAUGAAAAUAUUAAUUAACCUUGGAGGUGUAUGAUUUUAUUUCGCUUGAUAAUUUAAUGAGGAUCGUGUAGAACUGGAUUGUAUCAGUCCGUGUUACAGAAAUAAAAACAGUCACCCAUGGCUUUGUUCUAUCA